CCGGGGCUGUCUCCAAACCUCCACUCAAGUUUAGAUCACAGAGCUCUCCACCGACUCUCACUUUGCAUCCUGCUGUCCUCUCCUGCGUUCUGACUUUUGCAGCAGCAGCCUUUGCUCCUCAUCCCUCCAUCUGCCGGUCGCCCUCUCCGCCUUCAACUCUGCAAGGUGUCUUCCUCUGAAGGAGAAGAAGAGAUAAGAAACUCCAGAGCCCUCUGAGACAUUGAGAGCCGACCGUCACCAUGGAGGCCAUCAAGAAGAAGAUGCAGAUGCUGAAGCUGGACAAGGAAAACGCCAUCGACAGGGCAGAGCAGGCAGAGACUGACAAGAAGACAGCGGAAGAUAAAUGCAAGCAGCUGGAGGACGAGCUGCUCGCUCUGCAGAAGAAACUCAAGGGAACCGAGGAUGAGUUGGACAAGUACUCGGAGGCCCUGAAGGAUGCUCAGGAGAAACUGGAACUGUCGGAUAAGAAGGCCACAGAUGCUGAGGGCGAGGUGGCAUCUCUCAACCGCCGCAUCCAGCUGGUGGAGGAGGAGUUGGACCGAGCUCAGGAGCGACUGGCCACGGCCCUGCAGAAACUGGAGGAGGCUGAGAAAGCUGCAGAUGAGAGUGAAAGAGGCAUGAAGGUGAUUGAGAACAGAGCCAUGAAAGAUGAGGAGAAGAUGGAGAUCCAAGAGCUGCAGCUCAAAGAAGCCAAGCACAUUGCAGAGGAAGCCGACCGCAAAUACGAGGAGGUUGCACGUAAACUGGUCAUCCUCGAGGGUGAGCUGGAGAGGGCAGAAGAGAGGGCCGAAAUUUCUGAACUUAAGUGUGGUGACCUGGAGGAAGAGCUCAAGAAUGUCACCAACAACCUCAAGUCUCUAGAGGCUCAGUCUGACAAGUACUCUGUGAAAGAAGACAAAUAUGAAGAGGAGAUUAAAGUCCUGACUGACAGGCUUAAGGAGGCGGAGACCCGUGCAGAAUUUGCAGAAAGGACAGUGGCUAAACUGGAAAAGACCAUAGAUGACUUAGAAGACAACCUAUCACAUGCAAAAGAGGAAAACGUAGGAAUGCACCAAGUCCUGGACCAAACACUGCAGGAACUCAAUAGCUUGUAAAACAAUCAAGCUGAACAUCCAACAAUUAAAAAGAAACUCUGUUUUUGAUAAAAAAAUAUGUUUUACUUACCAUCCAUUCUUUGUCAUUUCACUCUAAUCUGUUACUGUUAAACACAUUCAUUCCUUUUAUAUAUUUAUGUUUCUUUUGUUUCUUUUCUCUUUAAACAAAGGUUUUGGGUCCAAACAAUUUCAAUAUCAGGGCUAGAAAUUGUGUUGUAGACCAGAUUCUGAGCACAAAUAAAGCUGCUGAUGGUUUCGGUCUCAGUGCAGCAGCUGAUAAUCAUGAUGAGUGAUCAUUUGUGUCCUUUUUGUACUGAUCUGCAUGUUCCGCUAUGUUUUUCUAGGCAACUUAACACACAGCUAUACAGUGUAACGAGGAAUGAAAUAAUCUUUCAGUCUGCCUGUAUUAAAUGUGUAAAUGCAUUUUUUUGUAUGCUCAACUAAGACAGUGAAUUUGCUGUUGUUUCUUGAAAUAAUACCACCUAUUACACUUUUUUU